AUAAAACAUCGAUGGCGCCAAUUUUAAGAUUAUCAUUAGGCAAACGUAAUCCAUCGCGACAAGUUAGUUCCCGGAAACAAAAUGUUACUCCUAAGAAAAAGAAAAUGGUCGACGUCAAGCUUACGAAGUUUCAUAUCUGUAAAUCCCCCAUGUCAAAGGUUGAUAACAUUAACACACUCAUUGACCAUGAGAUUCGCAUGCGGGACGGUACCACCAAGCUGCUGGCUGCCGGCCACAACUUCCAGCAAAUAUUGGAGGGCAGUAAGGACUUGGUCACAAGCAACGCGCGCAUGCUGGCAUACAUGACUGAGCUACAGAGGUGCAAGACCAGCGAAGUGCUCAGCAGACUCGAUCUAAAGAACAAAUCUAGCAGUGGCAAAAAGAAGAUGAACCCAUGCAAAGGGAAACUGGCACUUUCAGGUAUCAGAAUACCGCUGCAGUGGAAGGAAGCUGAUCAUUUCAAGAAAAACCCAGGUGAAGGAGAGAAGCAGUUUGCCCUAUUUUGCAUUGCCAGGGUUGGCACAGAAGUACAAGAUACAGCCUUACUUGAUGCAGUAAACCCUAGCCUCACUGAUGUUUGCUUUGAUGAUGUCCUUACAUUCGAUGAUAUAGAUCCAAACUUUCACCUGGAACUGGAGCUGUACAGUGUAGAGGCUGGCACAGCCGUGGUUGCAGAGAGCUUCCCGAGCAGGAAGACAAGAUUCAGGUCUGACUCCUGGAUCAGCAGAACCUCGAAGGUUAAAGAAGAUAAGGCGACAAUGGAGAAGCACUACUCUACUGCAGACAUUGGAGUCAAUUUUGUGAAGAAAGCACACGCCACAUUGACGUUAGAGGAUGUACAUGACAACAUCAAAACACAUGAUUUAGUCGAAGACAAGGCUGUGAAAUGUGCCAGCUUGCCUCUAUUCGGCUACUUCUGCUGUCGCCUAGCAGUGCAGCCAAGCUUCAGCAUGGCUGAUGAUGUUAAUCGUAGCCACAUAUGUUUGCUCAGCAAGCUGGAAGGUAUGGAUUCAUUCCCUACACUGCUGACCUGCUCGAUCAUGCCACGGUCGUUGGAGCUCAGAGAGGAUCGGUCAUCGUCAGACACGGACCAGUCGGACGCUAACGAAAUGGCUACUUACUCCAUUCCUCUAACAGUGAAUAGUGAAGUUAUUGGUGUCAGCAAUAGCACAAGUGAGCAUUCGUUGCGAUUUACAAUUACCAGUAAAGAGAGUAACGGCACCCCCUAUCUGCAACACACAUUCUCGGCUGAAAGUGAUGAGGCACGAGACACGUGGCUCGCAGUCAUUGAGCAACGUAUAUUUGACAUUGGUGCGUGGGGCUAUGCAGGACAGACACACAUAUCGAUGCCAGAGCUCGCCUCAAGCUACCCUUCCUCUAUGUGCAGAACAACCUCGCUGUAUGAUGACACGUCUAUCAAUAGGACACCAGUUAAAGUGGCAGAUCCUGUUGAUAAAGUGGCACGCAAGUUCAUUCCUUGGACUCAGGAGUCUGCUAUAGGACAGUUAAGCCAUCCACGCUCGUGUAGCAACAUCCAACAGAAGACACAGCAUGAGCAGCGGGACACCAGCGCACACAGGGAUCCUAGAGAACUCAUCGUGAGCAGAGAGACCACACUUUAAAUCAUAAUCAUGUACAUUUCAUCAGUGAAACAUGUAAUUUUAUAGUUGCACGUUAAUGUCAGUAUUGUUUGUCUUAUAAUAAUUAGACACGAGCUUUGUAUAGACACAGUCAUCACGUUUUAGUGCCGUAGCUAGCCGCGGAGGGAGAGGCAAGUAGAGCAGUUGCCCCCCCCCCCCCGAGAAAUGUAAAUACAUUACAUGAUCAAUGGUGGUCACCUUCCCAGAACACAACACACACGUGGCUUUGCCCUCAGGAAACAUGGGUUAGCUAUGCUACUCGAUUUAUUCAGGUGGCCAUUCAACAACCCAUGAGAAAUUGUCAAUACAGGUAACACUGUCUUUCAGUUGCAAUGCAAUUUUUAUACAAGUUACACCACUAACCCUGAAGAACUACAGUAGUGUUCCUUUUACCUAUCAUUCUUAAAUACUUGUAAUAUACUAUGUAACUAGAGCACUCGGAGAGCGCAGACCUCCGCCAAGGCAGCUGAAUAAUUACUGUGGAAAAUUUAAUUAAUUAGCUGUGUUUCCAUUGGAUGUCUGCAUAAAGUAAGAUCAUGGUACAAUUUUCCAAAGCAGGAUCCUUUACCGCAGGGUUUUUUCAGAUUAGUUGGUUGCAAACGAAUAGUUUUGCUACUUCUAAUAUCUACGCAAAGCAAUUGACUAUUUUUGAUAUAAAAUUUACAUCACACUGAUUAAUGAACUAGCUUCUAAAUACAUUUUUACUACCGUACACGUAUGUAUUGUUAGAUGUAGCGAUGCUAAAUAAAUCAAUAGUUUGUAUGACAUAA